AUGGAGAAGAAGAAGAGAAAGAGAAAGACGAUGACACCAACACCACAAAAACCUUAUGUGCCUCAAGAAAUGAUAACUGAAAUUCUUCUAAGCUUACCGGUGAAGUCUCUUAUUCGUUUCAAAUGCGUUUCUAAACAGUGGUUUUCUCUUAUCUCUGAUCCCAAUUUUGCCGAAAAUCAUUUUCAACAUACACCACACACUCGUAGAAUUGAAUUCAUAUCAAAUGAUUUACAACAAACAACAUCUAUAGAUUUCGAAGAACGUCUUGACUUAGAGAAUGGUUCUGUUAAACGGUGCAAUUUUUUGGAUCCCCAAGCUGAAUCUCAUAUUCAAAUUGUAAGUUCCUGUAGAGGCUUAUUAUUUUUCCAUCAUUCUUUGAGCUUCUGCAUAUUGAAUCCAUGCACUAAAGUUCACAGGCAAAUACCUUUAGCUCCGGGUGAAUUUGAAACGAAGUUAGAGUUAUGUUAUUUCUAUUAUCUAUAUGGUUUUGGAUAUGAUCACUUAAGAGAUGAUUACUUAGUGGUUUCGAUGUCGUUUACUCCAGCCGAGGAAGAUCUUUCACGUUUGGAAUAUUUCUCGUUGAAAGAUAACAAGUGGAAGGAAAUUGAGAAUACUUUCUUCCAUUUUACGAGCGACAAGAUUGAGCCAAGAGUAGGAUCACUAUAUAAUGAGGCUAUUCAUUGGUUGGCUUUACAUUCGGAUUCAUUGAUGGAAGUUAUUGUUGCAUUUCAUUUAACAGAAAGGAAACUUUUCGAGAUGCCUUAUCCAAAUGGUGUAGAGCAUAAGUCUGAUCAUUGUGAGUUGUGGAUAUAUGGAGAAUUUCUUAGCUUAUGGGCUACGGAUUGUGAAAAUAGUAGAAUUGAAAUAUGGUUGAUGAAAGAAUACAAUGUGCAUUCGUCUUGGAUUAAGGCUAUUAUUCUCCCUAUGGAAAUUCUAACUCCUCAUCAAUUUUCCCCAAUAUGCUCUACAAAAAAUGGGAAUAUCAUUGGAACAGAUGGUGAGAAUAUAUUGUUGAGGUAUAACGACAUAGGAGAGCUUAUAGAGGGUUCCUCGUACAGUCACAUUCCAGAUAGUGCAGUUUCACGUGGAUCGCUAUCGAUAGUGUAUACAGAAUCUUUACUUUCACUCCCUGGUGGCGACAUGCAAGCUUAUGAAGAUGAUUCUUCAGACUAG